GAAGGCCAUCAUGUUCUCAUCCAAAUCCUGUCCUAUCCUCUCAUGCCAUUAUCCUUGUCUUCCCUCCCUCCACCCACCCCAGAAGCUAUUCCACAGAACCCACUCCAUCCUCAAGCCUAAAACCCUAAACCCUGGAACCGGUCUCAGCCUAAGCCAUCCGUUCUCCUCGGUUGGGAGAAGGGCUCUACUCCAAAUCUGUCGAGAUUCCAACGAAAGCAAGAAUUUUGGAGGUUCAUUUCUGGUCGAGAAAGAAAUCGCCGUCGAAAGGAGCGGAGAUGGUGAUGGGAGUGCGAACAACUGGACUACUUCGAUCCUGCUCUUUGGUUUGUGGGCCGGGCUCAUGUAUUACGUUUUCCAGCUCGCGCCGAACCAGACUCCGGCUGGCGAUGUGUACUAUCUGCAAAAACUGCUGAAUCUUAAAGGUGACGAUGGCUUCCAAAUGAACGAAGUACUUGUAGCUCUAUGGUACUUCAUGGGACUGUGGCCUUUCAUUUAUAGUAUGCUGUUAGUUCCUACUGGUAGAAGUUCAACAAGCAAGAUACCCGUCUGGCCAUUCCUAGUGGUUUCAUUCUUUGGCGGUGCAUAUGCUCUUAUUCCAUACUUUGUUCUCUGGAAGCCACCUCCACCAGCCGUUGGAGAAGAUGAAAUCAGUAGAUGGCCUUUAAAUUUUCUUGAUUCAAAGAUAACUGCUGGGAUUUUACUUGUUGCAGGCUUGGGCCUAACUAUGUAUGCUGGUUUAGCUAAUAGUGAUGUGUGGAAGGAGUUCUACCGAUACUUCAGAGAAAGCAAAUUUGGACUUGGUUGACAAUUAGGACUGUUGCUUGCGACUCUCUCGGCUCAAAUGAUAUCACUGAAAUCCACCAUUCUAUUGCAGUGCGGUGCUCUCACAAAGCUCAAUGCUCUAAUGCGGAAACAAAUAUAUCAGACCCGAUGGCAUU